AUUUUAUUAAAAAUGUAUUUUUCUGCUCUAUAUAUUUUUGUUUUAACCCUAAUUAUUUCGUUAAUAAAUCAAUGUCAAUGUCUUGGCACUAAACAAUCAGCAGCCGCUAGAGGAAAUUUAAUUUGUAAUGGAAAGCCGAGUGUAAACACAAAAGUUAAAUUAUAUGAUCAAGACACUUUUGACCCUGAUGAUUUAAUGGAUGAAGGUGUAACCGACGAAGAAGGUAAUUUUGAACUAAGUGGAAGUGAGACAGAAGUUACUGAUAUUGAGCCGAAAGUUAAUAUUUAUCAUAAUUGUAAUGAUGAAUUAACACCUUGUUUAUUAAAAAUAUCAAUUGAAAUUCCCGAUGAUUAUAUAAGCCAAGGAUCUAUACCAAAAAAGACUUUUAAUAUUGGAACAUUAAAUUUAGAAGGAAAAUUUUCUGGACAAACACGUGAUUGUUUUAAUAAAUAAAAAAAAUUUUUAUUUUUCUUUUGAAAAUAAAAUAACAAUUUAAUAAUUAAUUAUCGUUUAUUUACAAUUAAAAGUAUUUUGAUUAGAAACAGUGAAUAAGCUUAAAAAAUCUCCGAUUUUCUGACAUUGUAUAAAUUAUUUUCCAAAUAUUUAAUCCAAAUAUUUUGGCCAAUAAAAUUGAUAAACAAUCCAACAAACUCCACAUAAUAGCCAAUACAUUAAAAAGAAAUAAAGGACCAUCCAAAUUAAAUAAGACCAACUUUUUGUUAAAAAAAUUUAAAUA